ACUAUGUAAGACAGCUACAUAUAAAAAGCCUGAAAACUUAACUAUCAGUUCUUCUUGUAGGACGUCACCCAGCGUUGCAAUCAUGUACGGAAUCGGUGGUCUAGUUUUUCUCCUCGCACUGAGUUCAUCACUCGCACAAAAUGCUACUCAUUCACAAAUCGUUGCUGGUAUGGAUAAGCUUUUCGAGGUGGUUGACAUCAAUAACAAUACUUUUGUGGAAUUGACUGAGUUAGAAGCAGCAUGGGAACGCUUUGAUGCUGAUGGCGAUGGACGAGUAAGCGAGGCAGAGUACGAACAGUUUGGUACAGAUCACACCUACCGAGGAAUAAUCUUCCAGGAGAUGGACUACGAUGGGGACGGCUAUGUAGGUCGUGCUGCCAUUAUGGGAGAGUACACGGUGAUGGAUACCAACAGCGACAACACUGUAAGUCGGGGUGAAUUCGACAAGUAUUACACCGCGCUUGUGGAGAAUGCGAUCUUGAAUUACGGGCAUUUAUUAGGAUAGAAGACGACAUUACAUGUGGGAGACUAGCCGGUGUGAUGUAUGAUAACAUAUUUGAAAUAUGGACUCUAAUAAAUAACUUUAGCAUAU